AUGUCAACUACCAGAAUAAUCUUUAUAAUAAUUUCGAUAGUUUUUGUUACUUCAGCACUUCCAACAGAUACGAAACGAGAAAAGCUGGAGAAAAUAGGGCCGUGUGUGAACAAUCUCUGCCCUGUUGAGUAUAAAUGCAUAAGUAACGAGUGCAUCAAGAACCAAACUCCCUCUGAGAAUCUUACAAAAGGAAGAAAUGUCGGCCCGUGCAUCAACGGCCUGUGUCCGGAAGAGCACACUUGCUACAAUGAUCUUUGUUAUAAUACUAACAUGUCAGUUAAUGUGUAG